AUGACUAGAUUCGUUGAAGCAACCAACGAAAUACCCAAUCUAAACCACGAAGUACAUCUUGACGCCCUAAAAAGUGGCCUCCGGCCAGGAAAAUUCCAAGAAUCCAUAGUAAUAGCGAAACCCAAGACCCUGGCCGAGUUUCGAGAAAAAGCGACAACUCAGAUCAAAAUUGAAGAAUUCCGAGCACUGCGAAGGGCGGAAAAACCUACACCAAACAGAGAAGAAGAAAGACGAAACAGGCACUCAGCCAGCAGGACAGAUCUGAAAUCAUUCAGACUAACUCCUAAGUUCGACAGCUACACCCCCUUUAACGCAAAAAGGGAGGACAUUAUAAAAGACAUGCUACAUUCAAAACUCAUCAAACUCCCAAACAGAGCCGGUACAUAUCAGGACCAACGGCACGUGGACAGAUCCAAAUAUUGUGCUUUCCACCAAAAGUACGGUCACACUACAGACGACUGCGUAAUAGCAAAAGAUCUCCUUGAGAAGCUUGCCCGCCAGGGACUAUUAGACAAAUACAUUGACAUCCGAGGACGAAGGCGGAACACGGAAGACCUCGGCCAACAACCGAAAGCAACUGACAAUUCCCGAGAUAAAGGGGAAAAGGUAGACAGUGAUAUCAAUCCACCACGUAGGAUAAUAAACUGCAUUUCUGGUGGUUUUACAGGUGGCGGAUGUACGAACUCGGCAAGAAAAAGGUCAUACCGAGCUAUGAUGACAAUGACAGAAUCAACUCUAUCUCAACCUAUCAACAGGGACAAGCCAGAAAUUUUUAUCCCCAAAGACUAUAAGGCAAACAAUCAAAACCUGGACGACCCAGUCGUCAUCACAGCAUAG